GAGUGUAUGACUGACUCGUUAUUUUUGUAGCCCUUUUAUUGAAUAACAAACAUUUAUAAAAAUUUUCCCAUAACCAAACAACAAAACCAAAUGCAACAAAUGGACGAGGCUGAGGACUAUUGUGCAAUUUGCCUCUGCCGCAAGCAUCGCAUUGUGAGCACUCCGUGCAAGCACACAUUUUGCAAGCGCUGCCUCAAGAAGGUCUACGAUGUCUGUCCCGCCAAGGUUUGUCCGUUGUGUCGAGCUCCCUUCGAGUAUUACAUUCAAUGUGACAAAGGCACAAUCGAUGUAAGGCGAUGCGACUCGUUGCGAUUGAUUCGAUUUGAUUCGAUUCAAUACGAUUCUCGGUAAUAUGCAAUGCCAAAGGAAAGGCAUUGAAAUAUUGAAUGCUUUGCCUGCGGCAGUACAAAGCGAAAGAAAUUUUGAAUUGCCGUUUUGCCAUGCCACAAACGUGUCGCAUGCAAAAUGUCGAUGACGAUUAUGAUUAUGACGAUGAUGGCGCGGAGCACACGUUAGAGCAGUGAAGGCUAAAGCAUAUGCAAUAAAAAUUGACAAGCAACGGAACAUUGCAGGCUAUCUGACACUCCGUCUUGUUGUGCUCAGGGCCAAAGCCAGGACGGCAUUACAAUUAUAAUGGAUACACGCGCCACAUGCUCGUCGAGUCGCCGGGAAGCGUCAGAGGAGCUCAAUGAAGCGGCAAGGUCUGAAUGCAUUCGCACAAAAACUGACCAUAAAUUGAGGUAACUUCAUUUCAUUC